CUGCACUUUCUCCUGUGAGCUUUGUCUCCUUUUUCAUAUUUUGUAUCAGUUAUAGCAAACAUUACGGUUUUAGUUUCAUCCCAGUGUUACCUCACCUUGUCCAAUAAUGUGCCUUUACGCAAUGUACUUUCUCUUGACAAAUAAAAAAAAAAAUUCUGUUUUACCUCACAAAGAUAAAACAUUUUAAUCAGAGUGUAGACUUCUUGUCGACAUCCCUCGACGUCUUAAAGUGAAAAAAAAGCCCCUCAACAUUCUGCUUCCACCACCAUAUCUGAAAGUUCUUAAAAGUUUUCUUAUUUGCAAACUUCUUCUUUGUGGCAAACAGCUCAGUCUAGGUUUCCUCUGACCUUGAAAGCGUUCUCCAGGGAGAGGUUUGGCCACGGUUCCUGGGUCGCCAUUGAACCUCAUAACCCAUUUCCUUUCCCCUGACGGACAACACCUUCAAUCGUCUUCCAGGCAGAUCGGCGGCACAUCUGCAUUCUCAGAAUCAGAACCAGACAUGGAGAAGCGGCGUUCCGUUUUUAUGCUCCUCUAGAAUCAGGAACAAGCAUCCAGAAAACUGCAAAACUGCCGAAACAUUGAGCACCUUGUAAAGCAAGGCAAAAAAAAAGAAAAGAAAAAAAAAGCCACCUGUUGUGAGUUACAUUUGAUUCGUGAUAACUGGAACAUUGAUCAGAGUAUUUUUUUUAGGUAUAUUUUCUUGAUGAUGGCAUCUGACAAAAUGUAAUGUUUGUUGCUUGUGUUAUGAUUUCAUGGUGUAACCACGUUAAGCUGCCUUGUUGCUGAAAUGUGCUAUAAACUUGACAUCCGAAAACCUUCCACGCAGUUUUUGUGUCUGCUUGUUAAAACUGUAAAUCUACAAUUCUUCUUCUGACAUAUUUUGAGUUUUGCUGACUUUCCCCAUAGUUGCUGCCAAGCAAAUCAUUGUCAUCCUGACAAACGGAAUCUGAGGACAUAUACAUCUACAAAUAAGGGACUCGGUAACCCGUCCGUGAUUUGCAUCACCUGCCUUCAUACUGUAUACGCCUCUCCACACAAACCGGAACAUCUGGAUGGGGGCGCUGUGACAAUGGAUGCCCAGAGAGCGUGGCGCUAUACAUCUGACACAGGAGAAUUAUAGAGUUAAUAGUAUUUGGCAUGACAGGGAGAGAGAGCGGGGAGCGCAGUGCCGUUCCUGAGUGCAGUCUUAUCCUGUUUAGUAUUCACUGUGCGCAGCGCCUGGAGGCCCUGGAGGGGCUUCACCUGCCCGGAGUCUAGACGCUCUGUUUCACGCAACUGAGAGGACAGCGGGGCAUCGAACCUGCGGCCCCCCGGCUUUCACCGUCCUUUGGCUGGGCUAGGGCACGAGGGAGUCGCUUCCACCGGCAGAAGACAAAAACCCUGUGGUCCUGGGCAGAGCGUUAUGGCUCAGACGCUGCAGAUGGCGAUCCCCAACUUUGGCAACAACGUCCUGGAGUGUCUGAACGAACAGCGGCUGCAGGGCCUCUAUUGUGACGUCUCCGUGGUCGUCAAGGGGCAUGCCUUUAAGGCUCAUCGUGCAGUUCUGGCAGCCAGCAGCUCCUACUUCCGGGAUCUGUUCAAUGCCGGCGGGAAGAGCUCUGUGGUGGAGCUGCCGCCGGCUGUGCAGCCGCAGAGCUUCCAGCAGAUUCUGGCCUUCUGCUACACGGGGCGCCUCAGCAUGAACAUCGGAGACCAGUUUCUGCUGAUGUACACCGCCGGCUUCCUCCAGAUCCAACAGAUAAUGGAGAAAGGCACAGAGUUUUUCCUCAAGGUCUCUUCCCCAAGCUGUGACUCCCAGGGUCUCCAUGCCGAGGAGACUCCGUCCUCCGAGCCCCAGAGUCCAGUCACCCAGACAGUGGGAGGGAUGGGUGUGGGUGUGGCUGCAGCGCCUGUAGGAAGGCCUGCUUCCUGUCUGACGCCUCUUCCCCUGGUAUCCAAGGUGAAGACGGAACAAACGGCCACUACGCCUCAGCAAGUCCCUCAGCAGCAGCAGGAGGGCUCACCCUACUCUGUGGUCUGCACCCCCGUGGCCAAGCGGCUGUGGGAGGGGGCCAACCGGGACGGGGGCGGGGGGUCUGGAGGAGGCGGGGGAGGUGGAAUGAGGAAGGCUGCACGCUACUCGUCCUCCUCCUCUUCUUCCUCGUCUUGUAACGCAGCGACGCAGGAUGCGUCAGGGCGAGGCCCGGCGACCGGUGUUGCGAUGGCGGCCGGCGGCGGCAGUGCCACUUUAGUGGGAGGAGCUGGACUCAACACUAACCACAACAGUAACAACAACAACAUCGGUACCCCCGAAGGAACCAGCCCGGGCACGCUCAGCAUGUACACCAGUGACUCGCCAAUCAGUUACCACGACGAUGAGGAGGAGGACGAGAUUGCAGAUGAGAGUGCCGAAGAGCAGUACAGACAGAUCUGCAACAUGUACACCAUGUACAGCAUGCUGAAUGCUGGAGCGGCAGUGGUCGGAGAACGGGUGGAGGCGUUGCCAGACUUGGCUCCCGAUUCGGGAGGCGGGCGCGGAGGCAAAGGGGGGCGGUCCCGGCAGGACCUGGCGUCGCUGCCCGCUGAGCUCAUCAGCCAGAUUGGCAACCGCUGCCAUCCGAAGCUGUACGAGGAAGGCGACCCGGCGGAGAAGCUGGAGCUGGUCAGCGGCACCUCUGUCUUCAUCUCGCGCGCCCAGCUCAUGAACUGUCACGUCAGCGCCGGCACCCGCCACAAAGUGCUACUCCGGCGGCUGCUGGCGGCGUUCUUUGACAGGAGCACACUAGCUAACAGCUGUGGAACCGGCAUCCGCUCAUCGACCAAUGACCCCAGCCGGAAGCCGUUGGACAACAGAGUGCUGCAUGCGGUCAAAUUCUACUGCCAGAACUUCGCACCGAGCUUCAAGGAGAGCGAGAUGAACGCCAUCGCAGCCGACAUGUGCACCAACGCCCGGCGCGUCGUACGGAAGAGCUGGAUCCCCAAGCUCAAACUGCUGAUGGCCGACAGCGACGCGUACUCGGCCUUCCUGGCCGACAGCGUGAAGAUGGAGGCCGACGUGCUUGGGGUGGAGCAGGGCUUCGACCCGGCCUCUCUGGAAGCCGUGGCGGCGGCCGGCAAUAACAGCGAAGCGUCUAGUGGGACCAUGCCGGCUGAUGCCAUGCCAGGGGCCGGCGGAGACGGCAGCACUUUGUUUUGAGCAAACGAUCACACGGAGGCGGAUCGGACGGACUCAUUCGUCUGCGGUAAAGAGUCGAGAACAUUGGACCGCCGCAGUCUCCAUGACGGUUGUCACACAACACCCCUCCCCUCACAGCUGCCAGGUGGUUGGGAAUCUGUUCCUUCUCUCACAAGCUGCGUUUCCAUUGACCAUAUAAUUGCGCAAAUUGGAAUUACGAAAAUAAAUUGGCUUAAUGCAAACUCGUCAAUUUUGGAGGAAACCCCCCCCCCCCCAUGUUUCUCAUUAAAAAUAUCUGUGCUAGGAUGAGAUGGUUUUUCAGAUUUUUUUUGUUGAACUUGGAGUAUUUUGGAAAACACUUUUUUCACAUCACACAAGUCACAUGAUCAACAACCGGAUGUUACUGCGGCGGAAAAUAGACGUAGGAGAAGACAGGAAACAGUAGGUGGAUGAUGGCAUCACAUGUUUGUUAACGACUUAUCACAUGAGCAGAUGUAUUCAUGUGCGAUUUCAAUUGCGUUUCUUAUUUAUUGGGAAACACCGUCAUUACGAAAUUGUGCUUUUUUGACUUCGGCGGAUUAUCAAAAAAGCUUUGCGCUCAUUUGUCCUGGAAACGCAGCUACUGUUUGGUCAGUUUCUUGUACUUUCCUUCCUUUUGCGCAUUUUUGUCUUUCUCUCAGAAUGUUCUCGUUCUUCUGACAGAGACUGACAGAAAGACGUAGAGAAAGGUCGCAGAGUAAAGAACGUGAACCUCCCCUCCCCCCCAAAACCGAACACACACUCACCUCUUCUUUCCUCUGCAACCUUUCUCAACUUUUAGUUUUUCUACAUUUUUUAAAGCUUUUAUUGUCACCAAGGCUCUUUCUCUUCACAAUCAAUCACCGACAUUCCCUGGGGAGGGCUGUCAGUGAGGGUAAUCCUGUUUGGAGAGAGCGAUAUUUUCCCUCCCCCAAACUCCGGUAACACUGUUGUUUUGAUAUUGAAUGUAUGCGAGGCGAAGCGUCCGAACUACAGCGUUGUAAGGCAGUGACGACUGAAAGAUUGUGCUGAGCCCCUUUUUGCUUUGACUGUUUAGUGUUUUGUGGCAUCGAUGAGUUCGAGGGUUGUACAUUUCGAUGUGUAUAUUGACAGUUUACAAUCUCCUGGCCCUGCUGCCUGAAACCCCCAACACCCUGUUACAAUUUUUUUUUGUUUUUUUACAUUGUUCUUUUUAUUAUUAUUGUUAUUAUUCCCAAGGCUCCGGGGGGAACAACAUUGCUACAGAUUGCAAUCAAAGAAAUUUGUUGGCUACGAACACACUGUUGUUUUAUUUUAUGUGGUACGAGUACAAUCAGGCUGUGUUUUUGUACUGAAGCAGAAGAUACAUGUUUUUAUGUUUUUUUUAAUUUUUUUUUAAUGUUCAACUCCCCAACCCCACCCCUAAAAAAAACAACCAAAUUUUUCUAGCUAAUGUCCAAUUUUUUCCAAUGUUUACCACCCAUUUUUAAAAAAGUAUUUAAAGAAAAAUUCAAAUUGUAAAUACCGCAAGUCUCCACCUUUGAGCUCACUAAGCUAUGUUGAUGUGCAUGUGAUGUGCUUUGCUUAGUAUUUCUACGCCUUCAACUUUUUCACAUUUUAGCAUUAGCAACAGACUUAAAUGAAAGGAUUUUAUUAUGAAAGGAAGAAAGUACAUGGAUUUCAACAUUCAAAAUAAGUGUUUUUGGUGCUACUUCAGAAAUAUUUACAAGGAAUUUUUGUGAUAUCUUAUCAUUAGACCCCUUUCAAAAUCUACAAACUGAAGAAGGAAAAAAGAACUUAACUAGCUGGAUUUAAUUUCUUUGGAUUUUCGAAAUUGCUAAUCUUCUGCGAUUGUGAAAUUGGAUAAGACCGGAGAAUUAAAUGACAUCUAAAGGCAGUUGCGUCCUCCAGCUUUUAUUUAAGGAUACUAAGGAAAGGAAAGUAAUAGUGGUUACAUAAAUACAAAAGCAUGCCACACUAAUAUUAAAAUUUAGUUUAUUUUUCUUCCACUUGGCAGUUUUGCACCAUUUUAUGUUGAUCUAUCACAUGAAAACCUGAUAGUACACAAAGAUGUUUUUGUUUGGACUGUGACAAAAUGUGAAAAGGUUUAAGGAGUGUGAAUACUUUUUUUUUUUGCAAAGCACUGAGUGUGUGAGGUCCUUUUUAGCUCGCGUUUGAAUUGAAAUAUUUGCAGUUGCAGCGGCAAGAGCGCAGGUUUUCCCUCAGGCGUUUUCUGGCUGGUUGUGUGCUGGGAUUGACAGAAGCGCGACUACUUGGCAGGGAAUACAGCUCUGUGUGUAUAUGUAGGGGUGUGUUGAAUGUGUGUGUGCUGCUGGGAAGAGAGAGAGAAAGAGUGGGAAGUCAGACGGCACGUUUUCACACACGCUUGGUCGAUUCAUUCACCGCUCAGAUCUGCACGCUAAUACACAUUGGGGCGCUGCCGGUCCCAUCGGCCACAGUGCACCAGGGAAACAUGGGAAGCCAACGAAACACAUCGAAGCGAUCGGCUAACGUGGAUUUGUUUCUGUGUGCUGAACAUGCUGGGAACAGUUUGGAAGCUCUUUGUUAGCCUUUUAAAAGAAAGUUGCGGUAUUUAUUUACUAAAGAUGCAACAAAGUAUAAAUGGGAGAUGAACCAAAAACUAUGUUGGCAUAGAAACAGAUGUUUUGGCUGAAUAUAAGAAUUUAAAUAAAGGAAGAAAAAUAUUUUUUUUUAAAAGAAAUUAACAAAUGACCUUCAGAAUUUAAAGCCUGUCUAAAUAGUUAUCAGCUAAACCCUGAAAGGUUUUUUUCCUUCAUGAUUAAUUCAUCAAAACCAGUAAUGCCAACUAUUAUUUUCGACGUGAAGGGCAUUGUGAUGUGUCAAAUAAAUCUCAAGGAUCUCUGAUCUUUUAGACAGAACACAAAGGCAGGGCAACAUUGCCAAAAUGUGUAAUUUCAACGAGAUUUAACCUCAAACUGUGGAUGGCCAUCUAUUACUUAAAAAACAGAUGGUGCAACAAUCAAAACGUUUGAAGUCUAUCCAACUCAAAAUGACUGUUUCUGUUAUAUUUUAUCAUAUUUUAAGUCGGUUUUUUUAUUUUAUUUUUUUUUACAUAGACCCAGAACCGGUGAAACCUCUCCUUCAUGUGAAUGUCUGAUGAAUUCAACACAUUACGUUUUCAUACGUAUAUCUGCCAGUAUUAAAUACGAUUUAAAAAAUGAUACCUAUAUCAUUAUAAUGCUACUGCUAAAUAUUGAGUUUUUAAGCUAACUUAUAAAAAAAUAUAUAUUUUAAAUAGGAUGAAAUAUAAAACUGUUCAGUGGAGCUAAGGUACAAAAAAAUGUGUGUUUUGGCAGAUAUUAUUCAUGAACAUGUAUUCUGUACCGUUAUAUUCAAAACGUAACAUUAUAAUAUUAAUUUUUUCACCAACAUGUGCCAUAAAUAAGUAAGUUCCCCUAUUAUUGCAGCGCAUGAAAUAAAGAAAAAGAAAACUCUAGCCUUUAAUUUAGGAUAAUUAAUUCAAAGAGCAAAAAAAGUGUCAAGAAAUAUUUUUAGCAAACUCACUUAAAGAUAAGAGAACAUAGUAUUCAGUUAGAGCUGAUGUGUGACUGUCUCCAUAAAACAGGAAAUGACCACAAGAAAAGACAAACUCACCAAAGUAAAACUAAACCUUCCUGUAUUGAUGAACAAAGCAAUAAUGAUAACAUUUAAAACAACAGGAACGGUGACAAUCGAUCAGAGCCCCAGUUUAUCUCCCACGGUGAGGUUGAUGACAGCAGCAGUGCUUUUAAUGUGACUUUUAGACGUAUUUAGCAGUAGUACAGAAUUUUAAUGUCACUAAUCUUCAUCCGUACUCUAGACAUUGAAGGUGCUGUUUGUGCGAAAAGACAAAUGGCAGCAUAGUGACCUCCUAUGCAUAUCUAACAUAUCCGCCAUGUUUGUUUAUCCAAACUACUUGGCUAGAUUGCUGUGACUAAGAACAAUAAGCUAGCAAGGUCCAUUCCUUUUUCUUAUGCUUGUUUCUGUUCAAUCCUUUCUUUUAGAUUUUUAAUGGAGCAAAUCGUAAGCACCUUAUUGCCUGUGUGGCAAAACAAAAAACAAGUAAAUUGCCUGAAAGUUGACUAAGUAGCUUGUAACUGUCAACAAAUCUUUGGGUCUUCCCCACACAUGACAAGAAAAUGAUAAGCGAGAAAAAGAAUCAUCUUAAAUCUCCUUGUCAGACCGAAUCUGAGUUGUACAGACACAACCCAGAGGUUUUCUUCACACCAGAACUGACAGUUUCCAGAUCAGUGUUAAGAAAUAACAAGGUCUUGAACGCCGUGGUUAGAAAAUUCACUUUGGUAAAAUUAUGGGAAAAUUUUUUCAGACUUCCCAUGUAUAUCAGCAGGAAUAUAUGGGAACAAACCUGGAAUUUGAGGGUGCAUUCACACCAGCCCUGUUUAAUCCGCUUAAAUCAACUAUGUGGUUCAUUUAUCUGGGGGGAAAAAAACCAGGUUCAUUUGGGGGGAUGUGAAUGCGUAAUCAAACUCUGAUGUUGAGCAAAAAAAGCAAACUCUGGUCCGGCUACAAACCAGGUGUUGGUUCAAGUAAAGUGAAGUCUGGUGCGGUUUGAAUGCAUAUGUGAACGCCAAGCGGACCAAAGAACGCUUCAAAAGCAGGAAGCGCACUAUAGCACAAGGCAUUCUGGGUAAAUAUAACCAAAACUCGCUGGAAAAAAAACACAUUUGAUAUACAUUAAUGAUUACCUCAAAAUAUUAAAUGGAUCUCCUAUUACAACAACAAAAAAGUGAUAUUUGAUAUUUUCUCCGAAUUGGCCCGUUAAUUCCCAUGAAUUCGAUGUAAAGUUUCUGGGAAUUUACCAGAGAGUUUCUGCUGCUUCCCACCCUUUCAUUUGUUUUCAUAUAUAUUUAUGUAUUUAUAUAAUGUAAUCUUUUUUAUUGAUAUUUCUCUAUGAAUAGACCGAGAAGCACAAAACGCACGUGGUACAAGCUAAGCCUGAGCAAUAAACCAAAAAUUAUCCGAGACCGAAAUUUAUGACGACGGCAGACGUCAUUUUGCCCAAAAUGGUAUAUUCAGUAUUUUAAGGAAAUGAAAGUGGUUUAUGUCUUUUUUGGCUGUGUAUAGGGUACCUAUGUUCAUGUUCCUUGAAGAAGCUGCGCUACCUGUACAGUCUGUAGUCACAUGACUCUACUCCAUCUAGUCACCAAAAAGAUGUGAAAGAGACCAUGAGGUUGAGGAAAUUGAGGAAAUACGAAUUGUUGAAGGUAGAGCUGGUUGAGGAGGAAAAGCAGCAGCUCAUUCCCCCCUCAAAAAAAGCAUCAAUCAUUAGGCAACAUUUUGGUUUCAGCAAGGACGUUAGAAGUUAUUUCAUACUUCUAAACUUGUUCAGUUUGUUUAUUUGUUCAAUAACAACUAAAAGUACGAAUCUUUCUUAAUUUAUUUGCAUUAUUUGUUUUAACGUUCAUUAAAGUGGCAAUAAAAAUAACUGCGAAAAACUGGUCCACAGGAAUUAUACCAUCAAUAUAACUGACUGCGAAGUAUUUAUCACAUUCUUUAAUUUCGGUGUGGGAGGGUUGGUAUUAUUGUCCAUUUAUCGUUGUUGAAGUGAACUCUUCGGUAAAUCACGAUAUUGAUUUUAGGCCAUAUUGCUCAGUCAUAGCACAAUUUACGGCAGCCUAGCCAAGUUUGGUACCUGAAGGACGGUACAGAUUUGAUAAAAAAAUUACAAAGUAAAGUAGGAUAAAAAUAAUCAGGAGAAGACUUAGGGAACAAGGAGUGCACAAUUUAUUAUUUGUCAUUUCUAAAUCAGCUGUUCAAAUGAAAUCCAGCGCUGUGUGUGUGUAGAAGCUCCUUAAACGGGGGAAAGAAAUAUCUAUGAGAGAGAUGGCGACGGAGGAAGAGGACAGCGUGAGCCUCCCUAGAGAGGAGGGACGAACGAAUAGACAGGGAGGAGGUAGAGGUGGUGGGAGCAGGCACGCUUGGAUGAUUUUGGUAUGAAUGCAUGCAUGCAUACUGCCUUGUGUGUGUGUGUGUGUGUGUGUGUGUGUGUGUGUGUGUGUAGUGCGCGUGAGAGAGGAUGAACAAUGUGUGGGUGUGUUUUUAGUGUGCGUAUGCAUAUUAAUGUAUGGAUGCGCUCCACUCGCUUCCUUCCAUCUCCAUUUAUGGCACGUUAACGUCUGCCUCCUCGAGAGGGAGAGCACGUGUGUGUGCGUGUGUGUGUGUGUGUGUGUGCGUGUGUGUGUACGUGCUCGUGCGAUCAUACGUCCGUGCUCGGUGUGCGUCUCGGAUCUAUGUGCUGCAUACGUGUGUCUGGCUUCGCGUUACGACUGCGCAUGUCUGCCGCUGUGUGUGGGUGGUUUGGGUGCUUAGCUCUACAAGGUCUGUGUAUAUAUCUGUGUGUGCGCGUGUUUGUGUGUGUGAGAGAGAGAAAGUGGGUGGUAUAUGCACAGAGGAUGAGAUGAGUGGCUUUUUGUUUUUUUUUUCCUCCAACAGAGUGGCGUACCUUUCUUUUUACCCACAUCUGCAGUAUGCGUAUACUGUACCCAGCGAAAAAAUGUAAAGUAAAUUCAAAGUAAAAAAGCAGAGCAAAAUCAUGAAUUUUUUACAUUUUAGGCUCCUCGCUAAAACAAGAAGCUUGUCCAGGGCCUGGUCAGGCGUCCUGAAGAAACCUGCCGCUGCAACUUUCUGACAACUCCCUCCCUCUCUCUCCUCUUUGUUUACAUCUCUUUCUUUCUCCAUACGUACAAUUCUCUCUCUCCCCCCCCCUUUGUCUGUUCAGCAAACACACACACACACACAGAGGAAGGGAGCUGAACGGCGUCGGUCCCUUGUUGCUUCAUUACGUGCACCAUCGUUUUCGUCUCGACUCCAUUUUCUUUACAGAAUGCAAAUCCCUGCCAAUAUAUGUGCAUCCUCGUGUGUGUGUGUGUUUGUGUGUGUGUGUGUUUGUGUGUGUGUGUGUGGGCGGUCUGUCUACAACAACAGAUGGAGCUGCCAAAUAGGUUGCUGUCUGUGUGGGGAUAUGUGUGUGUGUUUCUGUGAGCUAUCUGAAUGCAAAUCUGAAAAGUCGCCAGGCGUAGGUACGUAUAAUCAGAUGAAUCAGAGGUGAUUUUUUUCUUUUUUAUGCUUAUUGCACCUCCUAAUAAUCAGAGUAUUGAAGAAGGAAGGCACCGAGUGUCCCAUGGCGGCCGUGUGCUGACCAAUCGCAAGAACGCACGGGGAAGAGACGCAGCCAAUCAUGAGGUGAAUACCAACCAGACUGUUAAAGCAAGUGACCGAGUGGGUUCAGACAAUUAUUCUAAUUAUCCUGGAUUUGAGCAGAAAGACGAGGAGAAGGUGGCGCCGCGCCUCCUCCUGAGGAGGAGAUGUUUGUUAAGAAUCUCCCAGGACAGAUGAGGCAUUGCGGCACUCUGCCGUCACACGAGCCAAGCUUCAAACCAGACAAAGACACAAGAGUGAGAGGAGAGAGAAGAGGCUGAUGAUUCUCUUUUUCUCCCUCUCUCUCUCUCUCUCUCUCUUGGUCUGCUAUAGGAAGAUAAACACCUCAGUGCUCUUUUGUUAAUGCUGCAGAAUUUAGUGUGGGGGGGGGGGGUAGAAAUAAUAAAAACCCAGGGAUGCACCGAUCAAUCCGCCAGAGAUCGAAAUCGUCCCAACUUUCCCUCGAUCGGCAGGUCGGAUCUUGAAAAAUCGGAAUCUACUUCCUGUUCGUUAAAUGCAUCCAAACUGAGAAGGUCGUCCAUUUUCAGUCCGUAAAUGCAUCAAUCCCACAGGGUGCACUAAAAUAAUCAGAUCAAGGUUUGGGGUGCAUCAAGUAUAUAUAGGGACAAUCUUAAUUCCUUAAUCUACCUUUUGAUUCAAAAACAUCUACCUCUGUCUAUAAACCCUCAGCACAUUCUUUUGUUUUGUUCAUUUUGUGGAAAGACGAAAAAAGGCAGAAACUUUCAAAACGGGAAUCAACAACUCAGACCAACUCAGCAAAAAAUAAAAUAAAUCUGUGCAGGAAAAGCCCAGUUGGUGCAUCUGCUCAAAAAAAUUAAAGCAACUCCAAAUGGUAAACACAGCUUGCAGAAACGAAAUUGGUCAAUUUUAUUUGUGUGGCACAUUUCAAUGACAGGCCAGUUCAAAGUGCUUUACGUCAUAAAAAUAAAAUAUAGUAACCAAUUCUGAAACAAGCAGUUAUCACUACAUUUAGUCAAAUCAAGCAAAAAUACAUCAAAUGUGUUGAUGAGUGUUCCAGACAACUCUAAACAGGAGUGGCUUUAGCCGUGAUUUAAAGGAAUUCCGUGUUUCAGCAUUUCUGCAGUUUUCUGGAAGUUUCUUCCAGAUUUGUGGUGCAUAGAAACUGGAAGCUGCUUCUCCACAAAGCACUAAAGAUCCAUCCGCCCAGCAGUUCAUUUCCUUCAACUUGUUUGUUUGAAUUCUUCUCCCCUCUGUCUUGAAAGGUUCUGCUGUAAAGAUAUUUUUUUUCCACAGCUGGAAAGGCCAUUCAGCCAAUGUUGGCAGUCACACCUCCCAACUGUGGUCUUUAUAUUAAACACCGUGUGUGUUCUUCGUCUGUCGUCACACGUUAGAAAAUGGGAAAAAUGAUGAAUACGUGACUGAGCUGCAGGGUAGAGAAUUAUUGCUUUUUUAAAAUUUUUAUCUAGAAUUGUUUUUAAAAAAUGUCCUUGUUCUUAUUACAGUGGGAAACUUCCUGAAAUGUCCAGUAAAUCAGUGUCAGUUUACUUUGGCUCAUAUUAAAAAGUAGUAAUCAUGUACACAAUUCUUGAGAACUGCACUGUUCACCAUAGUCACAGGUGAAAAGAAAGUACAUCUCUUUUCACUCCUAGGGUUUUAUGUAUCUGAUCUCAACCAGGAUCCUCAAAUGUACAAAAAGGAAACACGCACGCACACACACACACACAUCAGACUGUUGAAUGAAAUAAGCCAGGACGAUCUGGUUUCAUAAAGUGAACAAAUCUUUCCAGCAUUGUUUCAGUCUUUCGAGCUCUACAGAAAUCCAGAUCCAAACGGCCCUCUAAAAGACCUGCAACAACAUUUCAGUCAAGUUGAGGUUUUGACUCGGUGAUUUCAACAUUCUUUUAUUUUUCUACAUGUGCUAUGUUUGGCAUCAGCGGGCUGAUCCACUUUGGGCCAAGUUUUGGCUGUUAGACGGCCUCUAUUUGACUCAAGGUUUUACGAUGGACUUGGAGCCCAGGUCCGGUAGCCACAAAGCCAGAACAAAUGAUCUGCCACCCUGCAUGACACGGUGGAUGAGCUCUUUGUGCUGGUAGCUCCUCUAGGAUCUUUUCAAUGGACAGAAGGGAGAAGAUUUUUUUUUUUUUACUAUUUGGACUAGGGACACAAGGAAAAAUCAACCUUGAUUUCCUUAGUUUUGUGAGAUUGGCCAUUGGCUGAUACAUGAAUAAACAACAUUUUCCACUGACCUUAUCUAUCUGUAUUAGCCAAAAUUGGAAUCGGCAGGCCAGGUUUUUUUUAAAGAUCGGUGAUGGUCCGAAAUUUGUGCACCCCUAGUUUGGACAGUUUGGAUCUUUAACACAUUUUAAGCAGUUAUGAGAAUAACCAAAAUCCAAAUUCUGUGAUUCAUCACCAGAGCCUAACAGUACAUCAGUGAAAGCUGAGUGAUUUUAAGGGCUUCAAAAAUUGGUGGAAUUUUUUUCAUGACGAAAAGUCAUUGUUUGCAGUUUUGAUUAAAAUAUUUGAAAAUUUUAUUUGGAAAGAAGCAAUAAUAAGUAUUAGUUUAUGUAGCAGAGUAGAUGGGAACUACUGUGAGACAAAUUGACCUCAGUGCUGUUUUACUGUCUGUUCGUUGGAUUAACGUCACCUAGAUGCAGGCAAGAGAACAAAAUAAAAGUAACACAUUUUAAAACGGCAUUUCAACAAAGAAAUAUCUCCAAAACAUACGAUAAGUCAUUUAUUUGUGUUUUAUUAGAAAAAAAGACAAUAGGAGAUAGAUUGCUAUAACAAAUGUUUAGACAGGUUUUGUCUGAAUUACAAAAUGUGUAAUUAGAGAUGCACUGGUCAGUUUUCGACUUGCCAACACCAAUUAAAAUAAAUUAAAUUAUAAUCACAGAAUUAAAAAUACUCUGUCUCGCCUUUCUGCCAUAAUGGGCCAUUAAUUUCGCUCAGUAGAACAAAAUGUGACAUCACAGUGUUAGAGCAGUUCUUGUGAUGUUCCAAUUACUUUUAAACCAAUAGAAAAAUAAAUAUGGAGUUAAACAUUUUAAACUGUCUUUACAUUUCAUUUUAGCAAUAAGCGUGAUUAGUGCAGUUUGCAUUGCUAAAACUUCUGUGAGUGUUAGAGAAUUUCCAAAAGGCUGCCAGCAUUUCCAAAUCCAACAUGUUUUUCAACAGAAGAGUUCAACGAUGGAGCCAUUUUGCUCUUUGUUUUAGGUUUCUCCUGAAAGUCUUGCUCUCUCUUAAUUUCCCACAGCCUGAAUGACCCUUAUCUCUACACGUAGUAGAACAGUUUCUCACACUGUGCUUCCUCUGAAAUAGUUUUUUUUUAAAACACUUCACCGAUGCAAAAAAAAAAAGGCUGAAUUGUCUUCACUCAGCAACAGCGGUACCACUGAAGAUUGUUGUAAUCAUGUCCCUGCAGCUCUGUGAUUUGUGCUCGCUGAUCAGAUCCUUUUUUUUCUUCUUGUUUCCAAUGGUCAGGUUGGAUCAAACUGAAAACCGCAUCACUAAUAGGAACUUAGGAAUUGGAUCUCCUAGUGCCAUACGCUGUUAAUUGCGUUGUUUGCCCUCUUGUAGGGCAGCUAUUUAAAGGCAACGUUCUGUCUCGCGUUUGGGUGGGCCAGAGGGUGUUUCGUUUGUGUGUGUGAUAAUGUUACAUUUCAUUUUGCUUUUUUCGUUUCACAUUUGAGUCUUUAGUUAUCAAGCUAUUUUUAAAAGAGAUGCUACUAACAUUUCAUCUUUUAACGCCUCUAUUUAGAGUUACGUAAACGGUUGAUACACGGUUAGGUGUAAGAUAGUUUAGAAAAAGAGAACCACAUAUUUUUACAUUGAAAUUGUAUGACUGAGGUGCUGUGGGCAUUGUGAGGGGGAUAUGGUUGUUUAAUGCUGGACCAGAUGUUUAGUUUUUACUGUACCAAGGAUUUUGUCAGGCAGGAUCAGUGGGUGCCCCGACUGAGGAAUGGAUGGAUGUUACAGGAAGACAAAAAGCUUGUGAGGCUCACUUCAAGUAAAUUCUGCAAGUCUAAAUGACUGUUUUAAACCAAAUUAUGUCAUAAAUAAAAAUGUACUCACUCUUAAAAGUAUCAAUUGACCCAAUCAAGUUUACAAUAACUGGUUCUUGAACCAGCAUUUUCUCAAAGCAUAAGCUACCGCUACAUGAAUGUUUAAAAUCCUUCUUUAAACGCCACCUGGUGGCCAGGUCCAGGUGCUGCGGCUUGGAGGAAUGAGGAUGGGGGGGCCUCAACCACUGCAGCAACUGCCAAAACUCACCAUGUGGCGGGAAGGAGGGGAUCCCAAAAAGCGGUGAACUAUGAUUGUAAAAGAGUCGAUCACUGUAUUCAUUCGAGCACCUUAACGGCGGACGCCAUAGAGCCUCCGCCGCUAUUACCCAACACUACAGGAUACCCUCCAAACAUGUCCGCCAACAACGCCAAAUAGAUUGAAAAAUACUGACAUUGCUUCCAAAAAAUUGUUUAAAAUAAAACAACAAAACAAACAAGAGAACGCCACUUGUUUGUUUGUCCGACGUCUCCAUCCAUUCGUCAGUCUGCAUCGGUUAACUCCUGAUCUCAUCCGACCCACAGAUAGGGGGAAAAAAGUGACUUGUAGAGAGUGGGGAAAAAAACAAUAAAAAAUAAAAGCACCUUCUGGGGAGCGCUCAACUUUCCUGUAGAGCCAAAACCCUCUGCACCUUUCUGAGCACGCUCACUGUUGUCACUUCCUAUCUGUGGUAUACGAGUGCUGGCAUCUGAAGUGGGACUUUUUGCUUGGGGAAGGGGUAAAAAAAAAGUGUGUAGAUUUAAUAUGAGGAGUCGUGAGUCGUUUUCUAUGUAAUUCCUUGUUUUUAUCGUUUUUAUUUUUAUGUACUAUUGCUGUUUAUUUGAUUUCUUUCCCCUUCUCUCUUCUCUGAAAGAUGUUUAUUGUUGAAAUGAUGAAGGGUGAACAGUUCAAGCUGUCUCCCCCCAGGUGGGGUGAGGAAUGGGGUCCGGGGAGAUCGUCCAGUUGGGUGGAGUAAGCCAGGUGAUGAAUUGAACAGGGUUCUCACACAGGACUGGAAAUCCGCACAUGAAGAAAGAAAAACCCAUCUCCUAAUUUCAGCUGACGAUUGAUUGAAAUCUCAGAUGAUCUGAAGAAACCGUGCCAUCUUUCAAAAAGGGAAGAAAGCAGUUGCUUUCUACAGAUUUAAAAAAAAAAUAGACUGAAAAAAGUCUAAUUCUACCAGCAAGUGUUGAAAUCGUGUCUUAAUGCAGCUGAUAAUCAUUUGCUGACAGCCACCUUUUCUCUAUGCAAACCAUCUAAGAGGCACGGAACUACAAUAUCCAGUAAUCUUUCAAUUAUAAACAUACAUAGAAAUUGAGCUUUAAUAAAUUUACAAAGUAAUUUGGCUCCUUUUUAUAUACACGAAAGCAAACUCUAAACGUUCACUCCUUAGUGUCUCAAACACAACAUUUUAGCGGAUCUUAAAGGCCUGUUCUUAACCUGUUAUUCAAAGUGUAAAUAGAUAACACUAUUUAAUUUUCUGGACUGAAUCCCGUUUCUGACAUAAAAUUAGAGGGUUUCACCGUCAUAAACCUUGUGUGUGCUUUCAACUUACAAACUUGGUAAUGAAAAGGUGGAAAGUGUCCAACAAAGACAUGUUUUCAACACUUGAUCCCAUGUAACUUACAGAAACAAUGGGUGGAUUUUUUUUUCUGUGUGGGAACCUGGUUAAAAACCACAAGGAAUGUCAGUGACGGUGUGAUCACGUAUUAAAAAAAAAUCUUGACUUAAGAACUGACAAGGGCAGAAAGGAAACGCAAGACCUUCUUGAAUCAAGAUGGCAAUACUUAGGUGACGUCUUUGCAGCUUAUCCCUCCCUCUCUGUCCUUCUCACCGUCACAGCCUUUUUCUCCCAUGAUCCUCGGCGGUUCUGCUUUGACCACCUUCACCCGCCUUGUGGGACUCUGAAAAUCAUCACAACUUCCUUCUGUCUUCUUCUUCUGUGGUCUUUUUAAUCCACGUCUGUUUACUUUGCUCUUUUCCGACAUCCCCGCACACCAGAGACAAAACACAUACUUCUAUAUAUAAAGCUCUAUACACUGUAUAUGUACACAUUAAAAAAAAAAACAACAAAAAAAAAAAAACGGAAAAACCUCCGAGAUGCAUACGCUCGCCCACGCACCUGCACACCGUCAGGAUACGUGUGUGUGUCUUUGUGUCGCUGAUGCAGUUUUAAGAUGAAAAAAAAUCACCAGUUUACCUCUGGAGCUCUCAGCCAUAGCAGACUUUAAUCUCAGCUCUGCAAGCAGCUUUUUGGACUGCUGUGGCUGCCAUUACAAACCAGGUUAAUAUAUAUAUACAUAUAUAUGUAUAAAAAAAAUGUUGGUUUGUUUUGAGGGUCAAAACAGCCAUUUUGAACACACACACAGUGCAGGGCUUUUACAGACACGGGACGCAAGCCGAGAGUUCAUGUCAACUGUCUUACCUCAGAAUCAUACUUAGAGAGCAGGGGAAGGGGCGGGGCUUGCACAGGACCAUAGCAACCGUCAACAACCAUUUUUGAAAAAAGACAAAAAGAAAGAAAACCACCUCUUGAUUGUCUCUGGUGUUGUUGGGCGAAGAUACCUUACAGAACUUCUUUUCUCAGUUUCCGGUAUAAAUAUAUAAAUAUAUGAACUGUACAUUAUAAAAUAGAAGCACUAUCAAAGUUUGAUUGUUAGGUGUGCACUCGCAGCAUGAGGUAUUAUUCUUUAUUACUCUUCAUAACUCGGAUAAAUGAAAAGGUGAAAACAGAUUUUUGAAGGUUUGUAAGAA